UUGUCUUUGAAGUAGUAGUUGAAGCAGAAGACGUUGGAGUUGUCUUUGAAGUAGUAGUUGAGGCAGAAGACGAUGAAGAAGUCUUUGUAGUGGUUGAAGUAGAGUACGAUGGAGAUGCCUUUGAAGUAGUAGUAGAGGUAGAAGACGAUGGAGAGGUCUUUGAAGUAGUUGAAGAUGAUUCCUUUGAAGUAGUAGUUGAAGCAGAAGACGAUGGAGAGGUCUUUGAAUUAGUAGUUGAAGUAGAGGGCGAUGGAGAUGUCUUUGAGGUAGUGGAGUCAGAAGACGAUGGAGAGGUCUUUAAAGUAGUUGAGGCAGAAGACGAUGGAGAGGCCUUCGAAGUAGACGAAGUAGUUGAAGCGGUGGAUGACGGAGAAGUAGUUGAAGUAGAAGAUGAUGGCGAGGUCUUUGAAGUAGCUGAGGCAGAUGUGGUAGAUGGUGGAGCAGAAGAAUCUGGAGAAGAUGAUAAUAAAAAUGAUAAAGAUGAUGAAGCAGGAAGUGGUUUAUUUUCAUAA